UCUUGCUCAUAGAUGGCUCAUUCCAAACCUCUGCUCAUCCCGUGGCUUUGGACACAGAUUGACAGCGGGACUUAUCCUGGUGUAUGUUGGACCAACCAGGAGAAAACGGAAUUUUGCAUUCCUUGGAAACAUGCCUUGAGACAAGACUCUUCCGAUAAAGACGUUCUCAUCUUCAAGGCGUGGGCAAACGUGAGUGGCAACGGCCGCAUUAACGGAGAUCCCUCGGUUUGGAAGAGAAACUUCCGAUGUGCGCUGCAUGCUAAAAAGUUCGACUUGAUCGUGGACAACAAAAACGACACUGCAAACCCUCACAAAGUGUAUCGUUGGCCAGCUGAGUCACCUUCAGGAGGCAACUCUUCUGCCAGCCCAUCCAUCCAACCUGAGCUGGAAAGUCCUCCCAUACAAGAAAGCCAUGUUAUCCCAUUCGUGGAUGAGCUCCUCUAUUGUCCUAUCGAAGAAUCCAGCCCCAAUGAGGACAUUCUGCAGAACUGUCUUGAACAACUUAACAUCGGACCUCAAGCAGAAGACAAGUCCGCCUUUGCGCUUCCACCCGAGCAACAGGAGCUCCAGCAUCAGCUUGUGAUAGGCGGUCGCGCGUCACCAUGGCAACAAACAUAUCCAGUAGCGGCGGAGAGCGCGGUCGGCGAAGCUUGGUCGCCUGGGCAACCGGCGCAACCAAUGGAGGAAGCUGAAAAUGGGGCUUGCAGUGGACAGUUAGCGAAGCAGUUUUUAGAAUACUUUAAUAAGACCACCGAUGGAGGUCAUUUACAGACCCAAUUCAGGAUAACUGUGUACUAUAGAGGUGUGCAGGUUUCUGAGCAGAUAAUUAACAAUGAAGCUGGAUUCCGCUUAGUUUACAGGCCUGAACUGGGGGAGCCACUGUUGGACCACGAGUCGGGCCUGUCUAUUGUCUCCCUGCCAAGCCCUGUCAAUAUCAAGGAUCAAAAACAAGCCAGGUUGACCCAGUGUAUCUUGGACAACAUGGGCGAGGGAUUGGACAUAGGCGUGUCAGGCAACGUCAUUUACGGCCAGAGACGAGGUGAAAUCAAAGCUUUUUGGAGCUUCUCCAAUUUUGACGACAGCGGACACCCCCAGGAAAUCUCCAAAAUGCAGCCCCAGCCAUUUUUUCAAUUGAAGGAUUUUAUCCAAGGAAUACUGGCCUUUGUAGAGCUUGACAGCAAAGAGUGUGGCCCUUUCUCCCUCUUUAUCUGCCUGGGGGAGAAGUGGCCUGACCCAGAGAAGAUGCCUUGGAAGAAAAAACUCAUCACGGUUGAGGUGGUUCUCACUACUUUGGAGUUCUUAAAGAUGUUUGCAAUGGACGGCGGUGCAUCAUCCCUCAAAUCUGUUGAACUGCAAAUGUCACUAGAAGAGAUGAUCACAGACUGA